AUGUCUUCACAAACUAAACCAGGUGGCAAGCUAGUCAUGUUCACGUCACCAAGAAUCAAAUCCUUAAACUCGAGUGUGUUCUUGAAGAACACUACAAAGCUAACUAGCAAGGACAUCAUCGGAUCUGGAGGGUUCGGGACGGUUUACAAGCUGGUGAUUGAUGACCGGUUUUGUUUUGCGGUCAAAAGACUGAACAGAUUAAGUGCCGAGCAAGAUCGUGGGUUUGAGAGAGAGUUGGAGGCAAUGGGAGACAUUAAGCACCGGAAUAUAGUAACCCUGCACGGGUACUACACAGCCCCUCAUUACAAUCUGCUCAUUUACGAGCUUAUGCCUAAUGGCAGUUUAGACACGCUGCUUCAUGGAAAAUCUAUGAACAAAAUGGUUCUAGACUGGCCUUCAAGGUAUAAAAUAGCUGUUGGAGCUGCAAGAGGGAUAUCUUACCUCCAUCAUGAUUGCAUUCCUCACAUAAUCCACAGAGAUAUUAAGUCGAGCAACAUAUUGUUGGAUCACAACUUGGACGCUCGAGUAUCUGACUUUGGGCUAGCUACGUUGAUGGAAGCGGAUAAAACUCACGUGUCGACAUUAGUUGCUGGCACUUUCGGAUACUUGGCUCCUGAAUAUUUUGACACAGGAAAAGCUACAGCAAAAGGAGAUGUCUACAGCUAUGGUGUUGUGUUAUUGGAGCUUCUAACUGGUAAAAAGCCUACAGACGAAGCAUUUGUUGAGGAGGGAACUAAGCUAGUGACCUGGGUAAAACUUUCUACUCUGACGUACAAUUCAAUUUCUCACGAAUUAUAUUUAUUUUAUAUGUUCUGA